CGUGGCGACUUGCAUGGGUUGUGCAGUUGCUCUGCGUGGCCACGCCCGUCACUAGGUCUGAUUUUUCGGGGUAGGGCUUCUAUUGCACACAUGCUCAGAAAUCCUGCUAGGGCUUAUUUUAUGGGCGGGUCUUAUUUUUGGGAGAAACACGGUAAGUGUGUUUCAAAAAUAAAGGCAAAGUAGACGUUUUUUAUUAGACAAACAGAAUCCAAGGGAAUUUGUGGUCAGAAGACCUGCCAAAGUCGUAUCACGGCUGUGGGCUAAAGUUGCCGUGCGCGUUCAUCUGCGGCUGUCGACUAUAGUCGACACUCGUACCGAAGUGGUUAAAGACAUGCAGAAAGAACUAUAAAGAACUAUGUAAAUUAGGGCAUCAUCUAGACGUAAGUCUGACCGGCCUCUGCGUGUUUUACUGAGAUUUGGUCAACGUGCCCGGCUUCCCGACGGUAACAGCCUCACAAAUGCGGUCGCUAUUACUGCACCUGUUUCAGAGAAGGAAACAGGCUUUGAGCAGCACCUUGACGGUUUGCCAAGGUGCCCUGCAUGUGGGAGGCGGCAGUGGGUGCAAACUCCAGCAGCCUCACCUUUGAGCCCGGAUCACUGGCCCUGCUGCACGCUCAGCCUUCCAGGAGCGCCGACACUCCAUGAGGGAGGUUCUGUUCUCAGGUGUCCAGUGUGGACCGACCGGAGACCCAGGGCCAGUUAAAACACCCCGAGUCUCACAGCUGCUGAGAAGGGCUGGGGGGACCUGGGCCUGCACCCCGAGGGCUGCUCCCCUUUGCUGAGCCGAGCUACUUUCCUGAUCUGCCCUUGGGCUCCCCCACGGUAGUGGUGAACUUGAGAAACAGGUGCUUUCUCCAUGCUGACAUGCCCCGAGCAUGCCUUCUGAGGUGCCGAACUUUGGGGACCUGCAGUGAAGUGGCCGUGCGUGGCUCCCCAAGGCAGGUGGACCACCUGCCAGGAUGAGUGUGGGGUCACCUGCCCCUUCAGCCCCGACAGUCCCCGGCUCUAUGUCCUUUGGUUUCGGCUUUGCGACACGUUCAGUUUGCAGAGAUCGGAGAGCAUGUUUGGUUGUCCCCACCCAGUUUGGUUUGGUUUGUUCUGGUUUUCAGCACUGACAGCUCACCCAGCCUCACUAACCCGCAGAAUCACCACCUUCGUGAUCAGGUGUUGGGAGAUUAAGGGAGAGAAUGCAGGUGUCAGAUCUAGUAAUAAUUCUGAAUUACGACAGAGCAGUAGAAGCUUUUGCAAAAGGCGGCAACCUGACACUUGGCGGGAACUUCACCGUGGCGGUCGGGCCGCUGGGGAGGAACCUGGAAGGGAACGUGGCGUUGAGGAGCUCGGCCGCCGUCUUCACGUACUGCAGGUCGCGAGGGCUCUUCGCCGGCGUGUCUCUGGAGGGGAGCUGCCUGAUUGAAAGGAAGGAAACUAACCGGAAAUUUUACUGUCAAGAUAUUCGCGCGUAUGAUAUUUUAUUUGGAGACAUAGCACGGCCUGCUCAAGCAGAAGACCUCUAUGAAAUCCUCGACUCCUUUACUGAGAAGUACGAAAAGGAAGGGCAGCGCGUCAACGCGAGGAGGGCGGCGAGAGAGCAGCGGAAGUCCUCGGGUAAAGAAGUGCCCCCAAAACCAGUGUCGAGACCAAAGCCUUCCUCUGCACCAGCCCAGCUGAACUCUGGCUCUCAAAGUAACAGAAAUGAAUAUAAGCUCUACCCUGAACUUUCCAGCUAUCAUCAGACAGUUGGCGGUUCAGACCCACCGAUAGAAGUGACGGCUCUCUAUUCCUUCGAAGGACAGCAGCCAGGGGAUCUGAGUUUCCAAGCUGGAGACAAAAUCACAGUUACGUCCAAGACAGACUCGCAUUUCGACUGGUGGGAGGGAAAGCUCCGAGGUCAAACUGGCAUUUUUCCAGCCAACUAUGUAACCAUGAAUUAAAGUGUAUGCCACUUUCUUCUUUGAGGAUUACAAAAAAAAAAAAUUAUUUCUGCACUGACAGGCCUUCUAUCCAGCUAAGCAACAUUUAAUAUGAGUUUAAAAAUUCUCCUACAGACUUUCAACCCAGCAUGUAAAAGAUUGCUUUUCUAUACACAAACUGUUAACUUUCAUAUCUUUAGCUUUUACUAAUUUUUAUCACGUGCUACUUACUAGUUAAUAUCCUACAAUUUACAUGGUCCUAGCACAUGUGCCUUCAUCUUCAGACACCACCUCCCGUCGGAUCUGGCUGUGGGCCUGGUAACUGUUCUGAGAAUCUUGGGGGCAGAGCCGUGAAUGUCGGUCUGUACAUUUUAUUUGCAAAGUGACUAGAGAAAUCAGCUUAAAUAGAGCAUUACACUGUAUAGAGAGUGGUGGGAAUUAACCAGAAUAUGAAUCUUUAAAUGCUGUUUUCACACCUUCGAAACCUACAGUAGAAACAAUCGCAGAGAAGUUUGCCCGGUCUGCACCAAGAACAGGCGGCUUCUACUGACUCUUCUCUGUGGGGCUGUGUGUGUGAGUUUCACAAGUAGGAUCAACUUACGGUGACAGGGUUGAGUUCUCCCUAAAUAAAUCUUAAA